AGACAAACAAUUUGAUCGAGUGCUGCAUGUCUGGAAUGUAUAAAACACACAGCAAAGUCUGUAUAAUUAUGUAGAGUAACUAUAUAUCGAGUCAAUGCAUGGUAGAGUUUCAAUAGUGAAUUAAGAUGGAGCUAAACACUGCCUACGAUGUUGUGCACGCUAACAAAAGAAGAGAAACACAAGCCACUGCAUUGCAGGAAAACACUGCUUACAAUAUCAACCAGAGAAGUCUCACCCAAACAGAUAAUGAGUACAGUACCGUUGAGAACACUGGAUACAUAGAGCAUAAUACUACUGAAGAUACUAAAUCUACGGACAGUGUUUUGGAAAACAAAAGCAGCACAAAGAGAAUAAAGCAAGAAUUGGAGAAAAAUGAAUAUGGCAAAAAACAGUUUGCAAUUCUUGUCAUCGUAGCUUUUGUUUUGUCUCUGUUGGUAGCUGUGUCAGCACUGGUGUACACCAAUAUAGAGUUGAAGAACCAGAUGAUCAGUACCAAUAAGCAAUUACAGUCCAUGAACGAGCAACUGAACAACCAAUCCAGUCAAUUCAGCAAUUCAAUCCUAGCUCUUUCAAGCAACAUUUCCGAGCAAAACAAAUAUACUUUGAGAAAUCUCAACGACAUACAGUCUAUUCUUGAAGAACUGGAGCCACUUUAUCUUGGAACAAUCAACAACCCAGCAAGCUCUUGUAGUGACAUCCCUCAAGACCGACCAUCUGGUGAAUAUUGGAUUGCCACCGACAGUACUAGCUCUCCUGUUCGGGUCUACUGUGACAUGAAUCGAACAAGCUGUAGCUGCAACACUGCAGGAGGAUGGAUGAGGGUAGCCAACCUUGACAUGACCAAUCCAAACCAAAAUUGCCCAGCUGGAUUGAGACUGGUAAUCAGGGAAGAACUACCACUGCGUACUUGUGGCCGAAUGGAAGGAAGCUACUGUAACAUUUCUAUUACCUAUUCAACGUAUGGGGUGAAGUAUUCAAAAGUUUGUGGUCGAAUAAUUGCAUAUCAAAAUGGUUCUCCAGAUGCUUUCGCUCAAUAUUUCAAUAACAGAAAUUUAUCUAUUGAUGAUGGUUACGUUGACGGUGUGAGCCUAACCCAUGGACGGUUGCCUCGUCAGCACAUCUGGACAUUUGCUGGUGCACUUCACGAAGAUAGCUCUAUGGAUUUAGCGGUAUGUCCCUGCACAAUAAGUGACCGUCCCGAAAUUGGAGUUGUACCUCCAUUCAUCCGUCAAGACUACUUCUGUGAAACUGGAAGCCGUCAGCUCUUUAAUGAUACCUUCUAUUUUGAAGAUCCACUCUGGGAUGGUCAGGGAUGCGGGGGUAACAGUACUUGCUGUGAGUUCAACAAUCCACCGUGGUUCUGCAAGCAACUUUCUCAACCAACUACAGACGAUAUUGAGUUGAGGCUUUGUUUCAAUCAAGACAUAGAUGAUGAAGACAUACCGAUUGAGAUUGCUGAAAUAUACAUCCGCUGAACAGGUUUUUGUUUUUACACACUGUAGCUAGCUUUAGAACCAAGAGUAGAAACUGAAUAAUAUAGCAGCUAUUUAAUAAAUGCUAUGAACAUGAUAGCUGUAGCAAUUAUCUACAAAGUAAGGACACUAAUCGUGUAAGCAUGUUCUUAAUUAAGAAAGCGUAUAAUUAUAUAAUAGUAGAAGUUUGAUACAUAUGUUUAUUUAGAGCAUUCGUCCAACUAUAUUGAACAAACUUGUACAUAAUCA